UUGCUUUUUGCUUAUUUCUGUUGUUUUCGUGUCUACAGGAAACGAAUUCACUCCGCUCCGCUACUGCACCGUCCAGUCCUGGUCAAGCCGUCGGUACGCUAUCAAAAUCCCAGCGUGAAGGCUUCAACCGACAAGAGGAAAGCCACAAACGUCUUGAACAAUCUCACCAUCAUCGAGACUACUACUGAGUUUGAUAUUCUCAAUGUUCCUCAACGCGAGUGUCAAGUGGACGAGGCUGGAUGCGCCGAUACAGAGGAUGACCCGUCGUUCUACGGAGACCAAAAGCGACGAAGACAGUCUGACUUUCGUGGACGUGUGCAUCAAGUGGCUUCGAGGUUACUAGCUCGAGCCCUGGCUACCGAUGAUGGAUUGACAGUGCUUCGUCGUCGUAGACACUCAACUCCCACACCCAUUGAGGACCAAACAAGCAAUCUGGUGCAGGAAGCCGAGCGCGAGCAAAACGACGGGCAAUCUCGAAAUUCAAGACCUAGUCGGAGAAAGUCUCUACUUAGUCGUGCUCGCUCGUUGAGAGGCGCGAAGAGUAUGUCAGACUUGAAGACGAUUGCUCGUAGUAGGGAGCUCAAAGGUCAGCGUGGAUCUUCCCCUUCAGAGGAACAAGAUCAGGCAGGAGGAAGGAUAGAAUGUGCAGUGGUCAGGAUGAGGAGUAUCAAUAGCGCUAGAAGUGCGCCCUUGUACUUUUCUAGAGCAUCUACAUAA